GUCUUUAUCGCCGACUCCGCGUAACUACCUGCCUCUCCCCCGGCGGAAGUCCUUCACGCUACGCUCACCGCGCCACCGUCUGACGUGGCAUUCCCAUCCGAACCCUAGCUCCGUUGACCACCAUGGAUGGCCUCGUUGCCUUCUCCCGCCGCCGCCGCCGCCGCUGGCUCCUCUUCGCCGCGUUGGGGACGGCAUCGGCCUUCGGGGCGUACAAGAUCUACCACCACCCGGCUGUCGCCGCGCGCCGCCGCCGCCUCGUCCGCCUCGCUGCGGCCGUCGCUGCCUUCCUAGACGCCGCCGCCUCUUCCGCCGAUGCCGCGGCUCUGGUGGCCUCCGACCUCGCCGAUUUCGUCCGCUCCGACUCCGACGAGCUCCCCCGCAGCGUCACGCAGCUCGCGAAGCUCGCCGCCGCCCCCGAGGUCUCCGCCACCGUGUCCACGCUAUCACAGGCGGUCGCGGCAGGGAUACUGCGCGGCGUCGGCUCCACCACCGGGCCCGGCUCUGGCGACAAAGUAGCCCUCUCCGAUCGCCUCGUUGACAAGCUCUUCUCCGAAUCUGGGGAGCGCCUGGCGUCCGCCGUGGCUGGGAGCUUUGCCCGCCAUCUCAUAACCACCUUAUACUCCGCCCCGUCACCUCCUGGGGAGACUUCCUCGCCGGGCAAGUGGGUCAACGUGGUUGCAACAGGCAAGGGCCAGAGGGCCAUUAGCAAUUGGGUUGAGGUCUUUGUUGGCACCGCAGUGGGGGUUUUCAUUGACAAGACCAUACACAUCAAUACAUAUGAGCAGCUCUUCGAAGGGCUCACAAAUCCAAACCACGACGCCAAGAUCAAGGAAUUGCUUGUUUCGGUAUGCAACGGGGCAGUGGAAACUCUGGUGAAGACUUCUCACCACGUUAUGUCCAAUGCCAAUGGUAAAUUGGAUGAUGAUGGUAAUCGCAAUAGCAAUUGCCGUGGUAAUAGUGGAGUUAGGGAAGGAUGGGUGGAGACAGUCUCGAGCACAUUGGCAGUUCCGAGCAACAGGAAGUUUGUGCUUGAUGUUACUGGGAGGGUGACAUUUGAGACAGUGAGGUCUUUUCUUGAGUUUGUAAUGUGGAAGGUACAUGAUGGUGCGAGGAAGAGUGGGGACACCGUGUUAGACAGCGGACUUCGCACCAUGAGGUAUAUGAGUGACAAGUCCAUGCUUGUCGCUACAAUCUGCAUAACCUUGUGCUUACAUGUGUUAAAUGGAACGCGAUUCUUGGUUACGGCUUGAACUUGCAGUCGACUGAGUGGGGGCUUGUGUUGUGCUUAUUUAGCAGGGUGUUUGUGUACAGUUGUAGGUGAAAUUUUACUGAAACCAUACAUUCAAAUAGAAAAGGAGCUGAAAGGAGGUAGCUUUGCAAGGUUUUAUUGUGUGAUACAUUUGUGUCUGCCUUUCACGGCUGUAGUUGGAGUGGUUGAUUUGUUGUGCCCUUGGGAAGUGUAUUUGCAGGAUUAUUCGAUAUGGAGAUGUGUUGUACGUUCUGUGGAAAUUAUAUCAAGUUGUAACAUUGCUUAUACCAUCAAUGUUAUCGGGCACUUUUAUGAAUAUAGCAUUGCUGGUAUCAUCAA